AUGGCCAACCCUAACAAUUACCCGGCAAAACCGGCCGCUUUCGACCGUCUGCAGCGCACGAUUGGGCACAGAUUCGACGUCUACAGAAAAUUUGGAGAAGUCGACAUUAAUAUGGGAUCCAUGGCUUCACUCCUAGCUAUCGCAAAUCGAACGCAGCCGGUGGGCGGCGGGAUUGGCUCUUUCCAGGUGCGGCCUCCACCAGGCUCUGCUGCUGCUGCGGAACAACUCGCCGCUGCAAUCCAGAACCGAGGGGUGGGUGAGCAAGGGAUGUUUUCCAUGGACAACCCAGCUCCCCCACAGCUCAACUUCGCUAGCCAAAAUGCCGCUCAAGCAGCUGUUGAUGCGGCGAGGCUGUGGAUGGCAGCCAAUAACUUCAGUUUUGUGAAGCAGCUGGGCUGGGGUGCCGACGCUGUGGCGACAUUGUGGUACUACUCGAAUCCCCAAGGGAGCACCAGCAACGUGGUCUGCAAAACUCGAAUAUUCGGUCCUGCUUCAUUACGGGAGUUGACUAAUGAGCGACGAAAAUUGAGAAACCCCAGAGACUGGCUCGGGCGCCGCAUCUCCUUCAUCGAGUCCAGUUAUCUCAAGUCUUAG